AUGCAGCGUUCACCACGGCCACAGCCAACGCGGCUGUCACCGUACUUCUUCCAGCAAGUUGUCUCUCACGUCCCACACGCCGCAGCCCGUGCGGGUGAUGGCGCAGAAGUCGGAUUGAGCGACGGCCUUCAACCGCAGGGCAGCGACCCACUGCACUCAGAAGCCGCGGCAGCAGAUCCCGACACCGCGGUUGCGUGCUCGCCCUCCGUAUCGCCACCGCCUUUGAUGUCCGCACUCGGCGCCAACGCUUGCGUGCUCGACAUCAACGCUGACGCACGUGCGCCGGUCACAGCCCGCGCGGACGCGGGUGCGCCGGUGCGCGUGACGAGCGACGCGGCAACUGACACAGUGAUGUGGGAGCGCUUCACUCCAGCCUCGUUCCGGCAGAGCUUCGAGGCUUUUAUAAGGGCGGAGAGCGCGCAGACGGAGUCGCUACGCCGUGCGGUGGAGGUGGCUUGGCGCGAUGUGGGGCAGAUGCAGCAACGUAAUGCGGUGCGUCGCGCCACCUUGUCAGACAUCCUUGCCGACCCCGGCGCGGCAUGGCGGGAGGAGGUGCGGAAAACUGUCUACUGGCAGGAGGCGGACAUUGUGCAGCGCUACGGAUUUGAUGUGGUCAUGGACGAGGAUGGCAAGGCUGGGGGAGGCGAGGCCGAGCAGGCGGGCAGGGGGGAGCGCAUCACGCUUGACUUCUCCGUUGUCCGCGACCGUGUCCGUGCAGAGCGAGGCGGCGGCAGCGGCAGCAGCGGCGACGAUGAUGAGGCUCAUGGCAUCGAGGACGCCAUCAGUGGGCCCAUGCCGUCCCCUCAGCAAGAGCGGGAGCACCAGCCGAUGGCAGCAAGUCUGGGCACACAAAUGGCGGCCGCCGAUCCGCUCAUGAGCAACCCACAGGCAAAGGCGGAGGUCGACCUACUCGACCCCUGCGCACGCGCGCACUUCCUGCGUCGCAUCUUCGCACCGCUGCAGAGGAUGCGGGACUCGUUGCCCAAGUGGACGGCGCUCCUGCUGCAUGACGUCCGCAAUGUCCAGAAGGCCGCGUUGCCAAGCCUCGAGAAGCGCGUCCAAGAUUUGGUGCUCUUCAAGGUGCCACUGCAUCGGCCCUUCCUCGAUGCACGGGUGGCACUGCAGUCGUGCGUGCAGCAGAGGCGCGUCGCGCCGGAUGCGGAGGUGGCGCAGGUGCCGGCGUAUCGGCAGCUGGAGCAACAUGGGAACCUUUGGGUAAAUUUUGUGCAGGCGCACGAGUCGGCGGCGGCGGCGGUGGCCGCAGCGGUGGAGGCGGAGAGGUUGACCCGUGUGGGCGGUCCGGUGCCGACGACGGACUUCUCCGAGGACGAGGUCACCGACCUGGCGAAGCGGUGGGCCACCGCCGAAGCGCUGUGGACGCUGCUCCUCGAAGAGCUGGACACGUGCAAGUGCUUCUUCGCCGACGCCAUCCAGUGCAGCAACACCGUCCACGAGGGUGUCACCGCGGAGAUGGAGUCGCUGCAGCAGUCCGUGCAGAGCCACCACAGCCACUGCGACGCGACGGUGGCCGCCUUGAAGUCCGACGCGGAGGCGUGCGCGGAGCUGCUGAGCCGCAAUGGGCAGCGCAUUGUGACGGCGGUGGAGGAGAUGGAGAAGACCUUCAUCUCAGAGCGGGAUCGACUGCAACAGUCCAUCGCGCAGGGCGAGGCACUCUUGACGCGGCUGGAGGGGCAGCAGGAGAAGAGCGCGCGCCGCGUGCGGGAGGCGUUGAAGGCAUUCUUCACGGAGCAGCUCCAGUAUGAAGAGGCUUCGCAGGCGCUGAUGCAGGACCAUCUCAGCUUGACGCACCUGGAGGCAAGCCACGGGGAGCUGCGCCAGGCGGUCCAGCUGCGUUACGAUGCCGCGCUGGAUAGCAGAAAGAACGCCACGGCCCUCUUGCAGCUGCUGGCCGACGGCAACACGGCGGUGCGAAAGCUCUUCGACGCCUGCGAGGCGCACUGUCGUCGCAUCGAAACAGAGAAUCAUUUUAUGCAGUGCCGGCUGGUGGAUCAGUGCACGUUGGCGCUGCAGCAGCGUUGUCGCUGUGUGCAUGCGAUGGCGGCGCUGUACGAGCAACGCUACGCCGAUCUCGAGGCCCGCUCAGGCGACUCGUGGCAACGGCAGUUCCUGCUCUCCGGCGAACGUGACUGGGCUGUGGCGAACCUCAGUGACGUGCGCGCGGAGCUCGUGCAGCUGGAGCAAGACUGGCGCAAGGUGAGCGCUCUUCGAGAGGAGCUGGAGCUGGAGCCGGCCCAACUCAAUACGCACGUGCUCACGCCCGAGUGGCAGCGACUCCUGUCGACACUGCGUAACCUCGACGCCCCUCCCUCGCUGCAGCGACGGCUGCCGACACUGCGGGCCCAUGCCGCGGAGUUGGUGCGACCGGCGGCGGGCUGUGGCCAGCAGGCGGUGCGCCACCUCCUCCGCGACGCAGCGGCGGCACAGGCGUCGGUCUUACCCGCGCCGUAA